AUGGCGGGAGCCGAGACUGGGGACGCGGCAGGAGCCGAGGCCCCGCAGCCCCAGAAGCGCUACUAUCGGCAACGUGCUCACUCCAACCCCAUGGCAGACCACACGCUGCGGUACCCUGUGAAGCCAGAGGAUAUGGACUGGUCUGAGCUAUACCCAGAGUUCUUCGCUCCACUGACUCAAAAUAAGAGCCAUGAUGACCCAAAGGAUAAGAAUGAAGAGAGAGCUCCGGCCCAAGUAGAGUUUGCAGACAUAGGCUGUGGCUAUGGUGGCCUGUUAGUGGAACUAUCACCAUUGUUCCCAGACACACUGAUUCUGGGUCUGGAGAUCCGGGUGAAAGUCUCAGACUAUGUACAGGACCGGAUUCGGGCCCUACGAGCAGCUCCUGGAGGUGGCUUCCAGAACAUCGCCUGUCUCCGUAGCAAUGCCAUGAAACAUCUUCCUAACUUCUUCCGCAAGGGCCAGCUGACAAAGAUGUUCUUCCUCUUCCCUGACCCACAUUUCAAGCGGACGAAGCACAAGUGGCGAAUCAUCAGUCCCACACUGCUGGCAGAAUAUGCCUACGUGCUUAGAGUCGGGGGGCUGGUGUAUACCAUAACGGAUGUGCUGGAGCUACACGACUGGAUGUGCACCCAUUUUGAAAGGCACCCCCUGUUUGAGCGUGUGCCUCUGGAGGAACUGACUGAAGACCCCAUUGUGGGACACCUGGGCACCUCAACCGAAGAGGGAAAGAAAGUCUUACGCAAUGGAGGCAAGAAUUUCCCAGCCAUCUUCCGAAGAAUACAGGAUCCCACCCUCCAGGCAGUGACUCCUAAUCCCCCCUCUCUUGGCCACUGA